UGAAUAUUAAUACCUGAGUUUUAGACAUAUAGACCGCCGCGUCUUUGUGUAUAUCGCCUCAACAGAUCUAAUCGCUAAGUCGUCUCUCUUCUCCGAAACGAAAACGGUUGCUCUAAAAAUGACUGAGGCAACGUCUGCUUUGAGGAAGCCUGUGUUCACCAAGGUUAAUGAGCUGAGACCAGGAACCAACGGUCACUCACUGAACGUGAAAGUUGUGAGCACGAAGAUGGUGAUGCAGAGAGGAGGUCGUCCAAGCGGUCCUCAGGCUCGUCAGAUGCGGAUCGCAGAAUGUCUAGUUGGAGACGAGACUGGAAUCAUUAUCUUUACUGCUAGAAACGAUCAAGUGGAUUUGAUGAAAGAGGGAAAGAUAGUGACCCUGCGUAAUGCGAAGAUUGAUAUGUACAAGGGGUCUAUGAGGCUCGCUGUUGAUAGAUGGGGCCGCGUUGAAGUCGCUGAGGAGCCCACAGACAUCACCGUGAAGGAAGAUAACAAUCUCUCGCUUAUCGAGUAUGAGCUUGUAAGUGUUGAAGCUUGAUUUGCUUCUCCCACCCAAAAGAAAGCAGAGUGACUCAAAAGACCCAUUCACUAGUUGGAGAAGCUGUAGCAUCUAUCUGCUUUGAGUUUUGCUUAUCAGAAUUUGCAGGUGGGUUUGUUGCUGGUUUGAGUCUUAUGUAUUAUCAGGCUUACCUCUGAUUUACCGUUCUCGUUUUGAAAAUCAGUUUUUUUUUUUUUUUUUGUAGAUUGAUUUUCUCUUUAAAUAUCAUUGGAUCAUUCUCUUGUUUUAGUUUUCGUUUUUUCUCGUUAUUGUUCUUCGUUAUACAUCGAAGAAUUAUUUCAUUGUGUUUCUGUUAUUCUA